AAGAGACUUAUCUCCGGUUCACAUGGCUCGAUUAGGAUAUUCGACACAGCCACCUGGCAGGUGGCCGCAGUCCCUGACGGUCACCAAUACUGGGUCUACUCCAUCUCCUUGUCCGUCAAUGGUCGUUUCCUUGCAAGUGCAUCCGAUGAUAAGACAGCACGCCUGUGGAAUCUUGACACCAACCUCCCUGUCGGUCUACCCCUCCAGCACGAAGAUGAAGUAGACUGUGCAGCCCUUUCAACUGAUGGAAAGCUGCUAGUUACUGGUUGCGAAAACACAAACGCGUACACAUGGGAUAUUCAAGUCAUCCUCAAAGAAGCUGGCCUUGAAGACCUCCUCCCACCUUUAUCUGAUGUGGCAGCUCAAGAGCCAUUAAUGGAUGUACGUGCUACACAGGCCGUGGAUGAUGAACUUUCACCAGACUUUUUCAAUGACGUGACACAUGGCGCUAAUUCCUCUGGAACGUACGGUAACUAUCACCGUUCAUCUUCCCGCCGUCCUCGCCCUGUCGCACCCUCUUUUGGGAGUGCGAGUGUACUCUUCGGUCACCUUUCGUCGCCUUUCCGUCGCUCUCACUCCAACACCAAUAGAUUAACUGAGCUCCAGCAACGCCCAAGGCGGUUCAUAUUGUCUCGUGGUCCUCGUGUCGUCGAAGUGGCUGCAGUAAAGGACAGAGAGGUUAUAUUCACUGCUCCGCCACCGCCACCAGAAAAAAAGCAGCAGGAAACCCAACCACAAGCCCUGAGGUCGUCCACGUCACAGCCUGCUCCAAGCACUAAUCCUACUACACCAAGUGCAAGAUAUAAGCAUUCACUACCCGUCCGAUUAUUGGCUCGUCUCGCGCUUCUUUUUUGUUGCGCAUCACCUCAGCACGCUAAUGAAAAUGCACAACCAACGCAGCAGCAGCAAGGCCAAGCCCAGCCCCAGGCGCCACCAUCACAGACUCAGCCUACUGCCCCCUAGGAGGCCGUGACACCUGUUGCUCUUGAUAGUACUCAUACCGCCGCGCCAGACGUAGCAAGCGUGUAGCUAUGACCCCUUCCAUUAUGGACUCGUUCGUUCUUUUUUCUGCCGUGCAUUGACACUGCAACAUAUGGACAGUUAUCUCAUCUUGUCAUCUUCUGGUUCAUCUGUCAUUUGUGUUAUCUCAUUGUUCACGCCGAGGGUGUAUGUAUUUGAUCUUCACGACCUCCUCAAUUUCAGGUUGCUUUCAAUGCUAUACCGUGAAGCCUCCAUUUCAA